AUGGACACUGCCGGUAUUAUUGCUCGACAUUUAUAGCUUUGAAGGGGGUUUUAAACUGCUAUGGCUGACUGACAUAUCCAACAGCCGUCGGUCGAAUCAAUGAGAGGUGACACAGUAAAUCGGAUAUCCAAACACCGUGUGAGAAAAGAUAUAUAUAAAGUGAACAUCAUCAGGGAUUUAUAAUGUCACUGGAGCACCGAGAUAGUGUAGCACCACCUUCUGCCACAGCUUUGGCAAAUGAGGCAAAGAGUGUAUUCGAUGAAUUUGACAGAGACAAAAACGGAAAGAUAGAUGCUUUAGAACUUGGAAGCGCACUACGCAUGCUUGGUCUGAAUCCUACAAUGAAAGAAGUAACCGACAUGAUUUCCGAGGUGGACAAUGAUGGUAAUGGUACAAUAGAAUUUGAAGAAUUCCAUACUUUCAUUAAACGAUCUUACAAAAAGCCCGAUGAUAUCAAGCAUGAUUUAAAGAAAGCUUUUCGAGUUCUGGAUAUCAAUGGAGAUGGAUUUAUAUCAAAGGAGGAGUUAAGAGAGGUUCUGACAAAGAUGGGGGAGACACUGACAGACCAAGAGGUGGACGAAAUGAUGGAGAAGGCUGACAAGAACAAAGACGGCAAAAUAGACUACGAUGAGUAUGUGGAUGUCAUGUACCCGCAUGGAACAUGAGUAGACGAAAUACGAUAUUUGUUUUGUGAUAUAAAAACCAAAUUGUCUUUCAAAACGAUGCAGCUAUAAACAUUUGAAUUCCUUCAUAUUAAUACUUAUAUGUCAUUUUAAAGUGUAAAUACUUAUAAAAUCAUAAACUAGUUGUGAGUAGCUGUAGUAAGAUUUAAUUAAUUACGAGAUUUAGUCAUGUCGUUAAUUAUGUCUCUUUGUUUGAUAUAAUGUAUAGAAAUAGCUGUUAAAGUAAAGUCAACAAUGCGAUUAUCACUAUGAUUUAUGAUACUUUGGUUAGAAAUUUAUGACCAUACUUUAAGUUUUGAAGUGUUCUUUCUAGUGGGUUCGGAAUACCUGUGUGUCUACUUGCAUAAACGUCUCUAACAAACUUUAAUCAGUAUUAAUAUCUACACAUACGCAAACUUUCUUUACAAAAACCUUCUUUUUGGCAUUUCAUUUGAGAUUUGUUUCAUUGCUACAUUAUUUUUUUCUUUGCGCAUAGUAGAAUUUAUUGAUUUACAAUAUUACAACGGCCAUUUUAGCUAAAAUUUAACAUACAUUUUACAAAUUUUUAUUUGAUCAAACUUAUCAAUCCUGGUUAGAAUUUCUUGGUAUAUA